UUUUUUUUUUUUUUAUUGUUUCUACUUUUUCUCUACUUCAUUUCCCCUUCUGUAUUGAGAAAGAGAAGUUGAUUCUCUUUCCUUUUGAGUAUCGAUCCAUAUAUACAUAUUUGGUCCCUUGGUUUUGAAGGGAUAUUAUUUAUUUUGUGAUCCCGACUGGUCUUCCACAACGGUCCCGUCCCUUGAUCUGCCUGAGACUCCAGGCAUUCCAGGCCAGCCAAACCCAACAAAAAGAGGUACCCGCAGCGGAACCGCGGAUUCUAAGUAACUACUGCUUAACCGCGACGGAACAGUGGUCGGGAACCACUCUCGCCCGCUUCUCUACCCUGUCCUUUCCAUUUUCCUCUUUGUUGGUUCCGCCAUUGGUGCAGAACAGUUAUCGUUCUUACUAGGCAUCUUAGGAUCCUUUGAUCCUCCAACACUUGAGUCUUCUCGUCAUGACAAAAGAAGCGCCGUCGCAAUCGGUCACGGAGCUCAAUGCCUGUGUUUCCACAGGCCACCGCCCUGCCGUGAAAGAAACCACGUUCCGAGAAUGGGUGGUUGACAAUCAAAUCGGAAUUUCAUUGACAAUCCUUUCCAUGGUAUUGGCCGUUCACCAUCUCUACCCUUCUUUAAGGCCUUAUACCGCUCCGUUCUUCCAACUAUCUUACUAUCAAGCUUCUCAAGGCGUUUACGUGCAGGGAUGGGAUGAUAUUUACUUUGUCGCUAGUUCCGCGAUCGCCUUUACGGCCAUCCGGGCCAUUGUAAUUGACUGGGUUCUUCGACCAAUUGCGAUGCAUGCGGGACUGAAACGGAAAGCUUCAGUUCGAUUUGCUGAACAAGGUUGGAUGUGGCUGUACUAUGCGUUCUUCUGGACUUUCGGCAUGUACAUUUGGUCGAACUCCAACCACUGGAUGGAUUUUGCGGCCAUCUGGGAUGAGUGGCCUGCUCGCGGCGUCUCAGGCUCGCUCAAGUGGUAUCUCCUGGCGCAGCUUUCAUUCUGGCUGCAGCAGAUUUUUGUCAUCAACAUCGAGGAGCGGAGAAAAGACCACUAUCAAAUGUUCACCCAUCACAUCAUAACCAGCACUCUCUUAACCUCCGCCUAUAUAUACGGCUUCUACAACGUCUCUAAUGUAGUUCUGUGUCUGAUGGAUAUUGUGGAUCUCUUGUUGCCAACGGCAAAGAUACUGAAGUACUUUGGGUACGAACUGGCUUGCAACGUUGCCUUCGUUGUUUUCAUGCUCACAUGGUUGAUCACACGUCAUAUAAUGUACCCUCUGCUAUGCUGGUCCAUCUUUAAGGAGGUCCCCGCGAGGAUGUCUUACGGCUGUUAUUCCGGAACGACAGCCGAAAUGAUCUCGAACGAUGGGUACCCCGAUCAACUGACCCACCUUUUUUACCCAUUCUUGAACAUCGACGGUCCUAUCUGCAUGAACCGCACCAUCAAGUGGAUCUUUUUAUCCCUCCUGCUAUUUCUUCAAGUGUUAUCCAUCAUCUGGUUCGCGAUGGUCGUCCGCGUGGCGGUUGGUGUUCUCCGUACUGGAAAUGCAGAAGACUCGCGCAGUGACGACGAAGAAGAAGAGGUGGAAACGAGAAUCUCGAGCAAGGAUGGCCCCAAUGGAAGUGCAACAAGCGCUGAUGGUACUAAUGCCGAAUGGCGCCGAUCGAAUGGAUCGUCUGCCGUACGCCCUCGCGCACGUGGGCGGGUUCGACUCGGCGAGCAGAGCGAUCGCAAGGCACUACUAGGCAGAAUCGGAUGCGACAAGCCGACCUAGUUGCGCCAUGUUUCAAUUUCGCUUU